AUGCUUCUUAGAGCAACCGCUUUGGCCCUGGGCGCGACCCUAACGGGUCACCUCGCCUCCGCCCAGCCCCCCGGUAUCGUCAUCCCCCCCAUGAUGCGCUUCGCCUGCUCCCAGCUCGUCGUCGACCGAAUCGACCCCCUUGUCAACCCCGGCUCUGUCCCCUCCCCCCAUCUCCACCAAAUUGUUGGUGGCAACUCCUUCCGCCCAGAUAUGACUCACCCUAACCACGAUCUGGUCUCGAACUCAACCUGCACAAGCUGCACCUUCACCGAGGAUCUCUCCAACUACUGGACUGCAGUGCUGUUCUUCCGUGCCCGAAACGGCACCUACAAACGCGUGCCACAACACCAAGAAGAAGGGCUCCGUGGCAAUGGCGGUAUUACAGUCUACUAUAUCCCGUCAACUACCAUCACCACUCCGGGCACGGUCAAGGCUUUCAAGCCCGGCUUCAGAAUGCUAGUGGGCGAUGCCGCCAAGAAGGAGGGUCCAGACGCAGGGCCGGCGCCGGUCAAGGUGUGCCAUAGGUGUAUGCCCGAGUCGGGGGACAAUAGAAACCUCAACUGCGCGUCGCCAGAUACGGAGAAGCUUCCCAGCAAGCCCUGUGUGGGAGGGAUCCGAUCGGUGAUUACUUUCCCAACAUGCUGGGAUGGUGUUAAUCUCGAUAGCCCGGAUCAUAUGAGCCAUGUUGCUUAUGCAAAAGGUGCUGGGGCGUACGAUGUUGGUCCGACUGGCAAUUGUCCUGACACACAUCCGGUGGUGAUUCCUCAGGUUAUGUAUGAGGUUAGGUGGAGGACCGACCUCUUCAGCGAUCCUGACCUCUGGCCGGAGGACGGAUCCCAGCCGUUUGUCUGGUCCACCGGAGACGAAAAGGGUUUCUCCCAGCAUGGUGACUACGUGUUCGGAUGGAAAGAUGACGCUUUACAGCGUGCUAUGGAUGCCCGAUGUACCAUGGAUGUUUGUGAUGUUUUGGAGACGCAGACUCCAGAGGAGGCGGUCAAGUGUACCGUGCCGCCGCGUGUUGAUGAGGAUUAUGAGGGGUGUAAGUUUUCACCUGAUCCAAGACUUAGAUUUGGUGACAAAUUGUGCUGA